AUGUGUCGUACGUUUCUACUUGUAAGCGAUAUUCAUUAUCGUUUAGAUAACAUCAUAAAACUUCAAAAUUGGUUGGUUCAAAAGGAUCGAUUGAAAGAAAUUGAUUAUAUUAUCGCAUCUGGUGAUCUUGUAAAUGCGGAUUAUUUAACACCAACUAUGGAAAAGGAUGUGCAAGAAUUUCGCGAGGUGAUUUCUGCUCUUCAGAAUUUUGGCAGGCCAUUGUAUUACAUACCUGGGAAUCAUGAUCCCGAUACUUGUUUUCAUCAAGAUCGAAAAGAUGAUGCCAAUGAUGAAGAAAAGCCAAUAGCAAAGAAUUUACAUAAUGAAUCCGCUCAAAUAGCACCCGGAUUAAGCAUUGUGGGUUUUGGAGGAUCAACAAAUGGUGUGAAGAGGGACUCUCCCGAGACCGUAAUUUGGCCAGCCUGUCCAAAAGAUACCGAAACUCUUCUUGCUGAAAGACUACCAACCUUAAUUGAUCAAGUUAAGGAUGAUGAUAUUAUUCUCGUGACACACUUUGGUCCAUCCAAGACCGGAACGACUGACGUGGAUAUGUAUCCAUUACAACCUUCUGAUGCGAUUGAAUCAGGAAGUAAAGUUUUACGCGAUAUGAUUGCUUCACGAUCUCCUUUAUCCCCGAGUGAAUCUUCUCAACACUAUAUCACAAUUAACAUUCAUGGUCAUUCUCAUUAUCCAUUUGGACUUUCGCAUGUUGGUCAAACUAUGAUUUUGAAUCCUGGUGCAUUGAGGGAUGGCAGGUUUGCUAUCUUGUCUCUUGUACAAUUAGAUAAAAAUAAGUUUAUGGAGGGGGAUGAGGAAAGAAGAAAAUAUAUGCAAUAUUUUUCUAGAGACAAAAUUUGGAUUAUCGAAAGAGCUGAAUUUUUUGUUAAUUACUAG